UAACGUGUUUAUUUACAUUUGUUGUGUUGAAGGCACAAGCGAAAGUAGUCAAGAGAUACACUUAGUGGAGACAGCUAGCGUUACGGCUCGAGCAGAGGUUCCGUACUUCCUGCAAUACUCAGUGAGAGCAAGUGUUGUGCUCGAAUCGAUAUAAAUUAGCUAAAUUAGAUAAUUGAGCGUGUACUAACCAUGCCUACGCACGAAUUCAAGGUGGAAAUGACCUGUACCGGCUGUUCGGGAGCGGUGGAACGCGUUCUUGGGAAGCUUAAAGAAAAAGUCGAGAAAGUGGACAUCGAUCUCGAGAACAAAAAGGUAUUUGUAACGACCAAUCUGACAUCCGACGAGCUGCUCGAGACCAUCAAGAAAACGGGCAAGGAAGUGAGUUAUAUUGGACUGAAAGCCUAAUUUCCCUGAACGGAACAUCGACUCAGGGAUUUUCUCAAUAUUAAAUGUUUCUAUAACAAGAGAUUACCGAUUCGUUUAGUUAAUUAUUUUUUGUUGGAAAGUUACUAUAGAGUUAAAUGGAAGUUGGACUAAUAAAAACUAUAAUUAUCCUUAUUAAA